AUGCAAGCUUCGUCAAGAAAAAACAAGGCAAAAAGCAAACAGCAAAAAAGUUCAAUAUCGAAAGUUGUAUCUACACAGCUAUCGAACAAGACCACUAUUUUAAAGGAGUCGGUAUGCGUUCCGCAACGGCAUGUAGAAGUUGAUUUACCACGAAGUGAUACUAUAACGCAGCCUUUCAAAUCCAAAAGGGAAAGAGCUAUUAAAGAUGACCUUUUUGAUGUCUCUGACUCUGACUUGGAGACGGAAAAACCUACCAAGAAGAAAACAAAGUCUUCCAAACUAAAAUCUGGAUCUACUCAUAUUAAACUGAUUGUUGGGGCAUACUGUCUUGGACAAAUUGCGGAAAUAAAUGCCUUGGAUAUGACUGUGUCUCUUCCAAAUCAGUUAAAAGGAGUUGUUACUAUUACUGGCAUUUCUGAACCAUUAUCCAAGAAAGCUGCAGAUAUAGCCAAUAUGGAUAAUGAUAGUGAUGAUGAGAAUCAAUUACCGGAAUUGUCAAAAUUAUUCAAAGUUGGUCAGUGGGUUCGAUGUGUGAUUACACAACUGGGAAAUAAUGAUGCCAAAAUAAAAAAUAAACAAAUCGAACUAAGUUUAAUUCCGAAACUUGUUAAUUGUGAUAUUGUCCGUGCCGACAUUUCUAAAGGCAUGAUAUUAUCUGCGUCCGUUGAAAGUAUAGAAGAUCAUGGUUAUAUUCUCUCAAUUGGAAUGAGUGGAGUAAAUGUUUUCUUACACAAAAAAGAAGCGGCAGAUUAUGAAACCAAUUUCAACGAUGGACGUCCACUUAUUGUGGGUCAAUUAUUAAAUGUUAGCGUUAUCAAUGUAGCUGAUAAAAAUUUAAUAAUUCAAGUAACUGCUAGUCCAGAUAUCGUUUCAAACGCGAUCUUAUCUGAUAAAUUCGUUCACAAUAUAAGUUCACUUGCUCCUGGAAAUUUGAUUAAGGUGCGAGUUGAUGAAGUACUUACCAGUGGCAUAAUAUGCAAAUACAACGGAAUGAAAUGUGAAAUUGAUUUGUUACACUUGGGGAAAGCAAUUACAUCAGAUACACAGGAUCUACGCAAGACCUUUGGUAAACGAGAUGAAAUCACUGCAAGGAUUGUUUAUAUGUCAAUCUCAAAUGAGGCAAAGAUAAUUAGAUUAUCCCUUGAACCACAUGUUCUUCGACUUGAGCAAUCUAAAAAUGUAUUUCCGAUUGGUAUUCAGCUAGGAGAGCUGGUCAAAGGCAAUAUAAUACGAAUUCAAGAAGAAGUUAUAGCUUUAUCUUUGGAACCUUUAAAACUUCGUGCAUAUCUAAAUUUAGCACAUUUGUCUGAUCACUUGUCACCUACUCGCCUUUCAAACAUUGUUAAAUUAUUGAAACCAGGUUACAUGUUAAAGGAUCUGCUAGUAAUUUCAAAAAAUGAUGUAAAAGGAGUUGCAAAUGUAAGCCAUAAGCAUUUACUUAUUGAAGCCGCAAAACAUGGUAAAUUACCUAAAUCAAUACAAGAUGUCGAAGUGGGUAGCAUAAUACCGGGAUAUGUGAAAAGCAUUACAGACUAUGCUGUAUUUAUUGGAUUCUUGGGAGGAUUUAGCGCAAGGGCCAUGAGACAUGUAAGAAUGAUUGCAGACCAUUAUGUUGCAAGUCCAGUUGGAUUAUUUUAUCCUCAUCAAUCAGUUAUUUGCCGCGUAAUCUCUGUAGAUAUUGAAAAUUCAAGAUGCGAGGUGUCUUUAAAGUCAUCUGAUACUCCUAUUACGGCACUUCCAUAUAUAACACAGGGUGAUUUUAUAAGAACCUACUUCAGUGAACUUUUACCUCAAAAUGAGCAAACGUCACUUUUAACGACAGAGAAAAAAUUCAACAUUGGUGAAUUUGUUAAGUGUAAAGUUAAGAAGCAAAUAUCUGAACGUGGAGUAUUAGGAUUUGAAGUGAAUGUCCUCUUAGAGGACAAUACGAGUGCCAAGGUAAAAGGAUUUAUACACGAAGACCAAGCCAAUUGUAGAGACGAAGGGGUCAAAGAGGAUGAUAUUUUAUAUGGUGUUGUUAUUGAUUUGGAUAUGAAAGGAAAGCGCGUAGAUUUGGCCGUUAGAUCAGAGUUAAUAAAUAAAUUUAAAGAUCAAAACAGCCAGCCCACUGAUAAUAAACAAAAGGAACUCAAGAAAAUUGCCAAGCGGGGUAUUACAGUUGACGCCGUUGUUGAAUUAGUUAAAGAAGAUUAUAUUAUUGUUUCUCUUCCGGAGCAAUGUAAUACGAUUGCAUUUGCUGCAGCAAAAAGUUAUAAUAAUCGAACACAAUCCCUUAUGCGUUAUUCAUUUAAGCAAAAAAUGAAAGCACAAAUAAUUCACAUUCCUCCUCACGAAAAUGACAGUAAUAUAAACAAACAUGACUUUAUAGAUCGUGUUUUGGUGACAUUUCAACAAGCAACGGAUCAACAAGAAAAAUUUAUUGUACCUGGUACAAAGUAUAUUGAAGACUUUUCACCUGGUCAAAAGGUUAAAGGCACUAUUACUGCAGUAGAAAAAUAUGGCGUAUUUAUUAAGAUUAACAAUAGCUCUGUGAGCGGUCUUUGUCAUAUAUCAAAAUUGUCAGAAGAUUUUGUCAAAGAUGUAUCAGCACUAUAUAAAACGGGACAACAUGUAACUGCGGUGAUUUUAAACAUCGAUUAUACUACACAAAAAGUCGCCUUCGGUCUUAAAAAUUCAUGUUUUAAAGAUUAUGGCAUAGAUUUACUUGAAGAUUCAGAUCAUGAUCUGGAAGAUGCCAUAGAGGUUGAAGAUGAUCUUAUGGAAAACCCAAAUUUACAGAUGGAAAUUGAUUCAAAUGAUCUACAGAGUCAAGAAUCUGAUUUCAGUGAAAAUGAUAAUGAAAUGGCCGAAGUAAAAAACAAUUCACAAAAGGUUGAAAUUAUGCCUUUACCAAUUUCCAGUGCUUGGAAAUGGGAAGAUGAAGAAAAAACCGAUGUGCCAACAAUUGACGUUGUAGAUAAAACAGAGGAUUUAUUGAAACAUAAACCUGAAGUCAAUGCUGAUUUUGAACGAUUACUCUUGGGUUCUCCUAAUUCUUCGUAUUUAUGGAUAAAUUACAUGGCUCACCAACUCGAACUUUCCGAAAUUGAUAAGGCACGUGAUAUCGGUGAACGUGCUCUGAAAACUAUCAAUUAUCGGGAAGAACAAGAGAAGAUGAAUGUAUGGAUUGCUCUUAUGAACUUGGAGAAUAAUUUUGGAACAGAUGAAAGUCUUGGAGAUGUAUUGAAACGAGCAUUACAGACUUGUGAUCAAAAGAAAGUAUAUAUGCUGCUUGUGGAUAUUUAUGAACGUUCAGAUAAGAAAGAGCUUGCGCAACAAACAUAUCAUACUAUGCUGAAGAAGUUUUCUCAAAGUUGCAAGGUUUGGACAAAAAUGGGAUUGUUUCAUAUCAAACACGGCAACAUUCAAGCUUCUCGUGAUUUACUUCAACGAAGUUUACGUACCUUGCCAAAAAGAAAGCCUAUAACUAAAUUUGCGCAAAUGGAGUUCAAACAUGGAGAGGCUGAAAGGGGUCGUACAAUAUUCGAAGGAAUGAUGAGUAAUUAUCCUAAGAGAGUAGACUUAUGGUCUAUUUAUAUUGACAUGGAAAUAAAAGCUGGCGAUUUUGACAUAGUUCGGCGUCUUUUUAAAAGGAUUACUGAAAUGAAAUUUUCAUCAAAAAAUAUGAAAUUUUUCUUUAAAAAAUGGUUAGCAUUUGAAAAGGAAUACGGAAUCAAUGCUUUAACUUUGGGUCCACCAACAAUUAUUGGUACCCCGCCAUCAAACAGAAGAUCUAUCAACGCUGUCAUUAAUUCUAAGGGCCAAAUGUUUAUAUUUGGCGGAAGUAGAGAAGUUCCAUUUGCGGUAGAACAACAAGCUUUUUCUACAAGUAUUCUUUCAAAAACCUUUAGUACCUUACUGAUAACUACGGUCCCUAUUGAUCUCCAUCAAGUACAAAUAUUCAACACAGCUGGUAAUAGCUGGUCAACAAUGACUGCAAACGGCACUUCCCUUGAUCCCAGAUCCGGUCACUCUGCUGUUUUAUAUUGGAUUAUAAGAUCAAUAAAUUAUCAAAAUCCAAAUUUAUUUAAAUAUUAUUCAUAUAUAAGUCAAAAUUCCCCGAGAAAUAUUACAAGAUAUGUCAAUACCUUAAUAGGAACUGCUAAUGAUGGUCAUGUAUUUCCUGGGCCAUGUCACCCUUUUGGUGUCGUUAAAUUAGGUUUUGAUACUGAUAACUUAGAUGAUUAUAAUGCUGGUUACACUACUGGAGGAAAAAUUAAGGGAAUUUCUCACUUGCAUGUUAGUGGAACAGGAGGUGAACCAAAAUAUGGAGUCAUAAGUCAAUUUCCCGUAGUAGAUUCAAUUGAAGAUCCUCUUAAUCUACUUGAUUUCUCUUCCGAGCGCUCCUUUGAACAUUUUGAAGUUGGUUAUUCAAAGUUCGGAUUAAAACGUUAUAAGUUGGAACGGAAUUUAAGU